AUGGUCAGCCGCGGUGGCCGUUCGAAAGGCUGUACCAACUGUCGCCGCCGGCGUGUGAAAUGCGACGAGAAACGCCCUGUGUGCGGACAAUGCAUAAAGCGUGGUCUAGAGUGCGAAGGGCCUAAAGAUCUAACUUGGAUCAAUCAGAGCACGGCAUUCGAAACCAAAUCAACAAGCGCAGCUCAGAGUGCAGUUGUCAAGAUAGCUAGUCCGAGCCAACUAUCGCUUGCAGCGUUCGAAGAUGACAUCUGCUUGGCGUACACCCGCAAGACCUUGCUGCGCGGAGGUCCUGUCGAAAUAGCCUGCAACAUGGUUGAGAACUACGGUGCAUCCAUAGGAAGCGAUAACCCCGGUCUUGAUCUAUUGCGAAAAGGAAUACUAACUUUGUCCGUUACCUUUUUCGGAAGCCAACAUCGGCAGGACUACAUUACAAACAAAGGUUACGCCCAGUAUAGUGAGGUGCUGCGGCAGCUCAAUUCGCAUCUUGCCCACCCAGAAUUGCAGUUGACGAACGAGACUCUGCUGACGGCGCUGUCUUGUAUGCUUCUCGAGAUUUUCUUGCCUACUGGGCCGAGAAACUUCCUAAAACACCAGCGAGGCCUCGAUGCUAUCGCGAUGCUACGAGGUCCGCCGAAAGAAUCCGACGGUACUACCGCUACCAUUUUCCGCGGCUUGCGCAUUCUCUCCAUUGUUGGCUCACUCGCGGAGUCCAGGACCUCUUUGUACUCCGAGGAAGAAUGGAAGCAGGUUCCACCUGUACAGGCUAGCGAGGCAGGGUAUUUUCAGCAUCACAUUUUUACCAUUCUAGCAGAUUGUACCCGCCUCAUUGGCCGCCGCAAUGUUCUACUUGCCUCAAGAGUCAUAUUAGAAAGUUGCGAACCGUUGCUUACCGAAGUGGAAACUGUUUUGAACAGUCUGGAGGCGCUAUAUCCGCUCUGGGAGGCUUUGAAUCGAAACCAACUCGCUGAAGUGACGGAGCAGUCAGACAUGGCGAAGGCACUAGGAGUGGCCAACCACGUCUCUGCAACAGCGUACAUGCUCUACAAUACUGCAUACAUAUGCGUCCUUCAAAUCAAGGAUUCACUGUCUCCUUCGCCUGUUAAUGCUGCAUUGCGGAAUGCUGCCGCGAUGAGCAUUGCCAAAUGCCUUGAGUUAAAAGAAUACGAACAGCGCGAGGGUGCACCGCAAUCGAACACCAUAGCCUAUGUGGCUAUAAGGAUGGCAUGGCAGGCUUUGGGCGGCUUUGACUCGCCAGAAGGACGACGCUUAGCAUAUGUCGUCAAUUCAGCGACAAAUUUGGUCUUCCAGCAGCCGUAUCCGCCAUCAGACGAGACGCUGUUCAGUAAGUUCGUCGAAAGGAUGCCUGUUGCGAUACCUGGUGACACGACAGACGCAAAUGGACAGUAUGACAUGUGGUCUGAUGGGCCACCGGGCGUCGUCGAAUUCAGCACACAACGACGCCUCGCACAGCUCUAG